CAAUGAUUAUAAUGUUGACAAGAAUUUAUAGUUCAAAAAUGUCAUUGUUUACUUCAAAUUGAUGUUUAGUUAUACUUAUAUAUUUUAUACUUACUUUACAAUGCUUCAUUUUACAAUUACAUUUUUUUUAAUAACUCUUUUCACUGGAAAAGUAACGUCCAAAUUAAACGAUAACAGUGGAAGCGGAAAUGAGGCAGUAAACGAAAUGGACUUAAGUAAUCAAGAGGAAUUCGAAGAUAACAUUCCUUUACAUGAAAGUUACAGAUCUAGGCACAAAUAUAAAUUAGGUACCGGGCAUCAAGAUUUUAACAAACGAUUCGUGGAUAUUAACAACACUUUGAAAGGUAUGAAAGAUUCUCAGUGUGCGAUUAUGUAUAAGGAUAAUGAACCUGUAGGUAUACUUCAGCCUUUCGAAGAAUCUUAUCGAUUUUUACCAAUACAAGGGGAACCUACUUAUGUAGAAAUCAAUCCAGUUCCCGCAAAAAGAAGAACUGUGUUAGACAUUCUCUAUCCAACUGAAUUUACUGACGACUAUAAUGAAGAAAAAUUUUCAAACACAGCCAAAUUUGCCGACGACAGGUACCCUUCAAUUUUUGCUAAAUUUAAAAUAUCCAGCAGACUAGAUAAGUCUUCCAAAGAAGCAACCAAGAAAAAAUCUAAUUUUAAGAGAGCCCUUUCCUUUGAUAACCCUGAUUUAGAUCCCAUCAAAUCAACUUUAAAUAAUGAAGAAGAAACUGUCGAUAUUGGAAAAAACGUUGGUAUCGACGAGAAUAUCAGCGUCGAAGAACAUGCUGGCGUAGAAGAAAAGUUAAAGAACAUUUUAGACGAUAUGGGUCUGAUCGAUGAUUACCCGAAUCAAGAAGUGAAAGAUAUAAAACGUGAAGUAGAAGACGAAAAUUUAGAGCUUGGUACAAAUAAAAUUAAUUUAGUUAAAGAGGGUAAAGCGGAAACAAGAAAAAGAAGGGAAGAUAAAACAGAUAAUCCAGGUGUAAUAGAUACCAAUAUUGCUAGUAAAGAAACAGCUGAUGCCGAACGAAAAUUCAAACGAUUUGAAAACGAUAUGCCCGUGUUGGACUGUACGACAGUCGCUUUCAAAGGAUCACGUGAUGUUGAUGACUAUGAAAAAAGAGUUGAAAGGGAAAUACGCGAAAGAAUACAACAACUGAAGGAAGAGGUCAAAAAAGAAAUCAGUAAUCUUACGAAAAGCGACGAUGAUACAAGGAGGAAAAAAAGGCAAAUCGUUAAUACACUAAUGGAUGAAGAAACUAAUGAUAUUAACCCAACAUAUAACAUCGAAGAGACCGAGAAACCGCUUAUUCGUAAAAAAAGAACUGCUGAAUUUGAUAACAAUGAGACCAAUAAUAACAAUAUUAAUAACAGAGAUAAUUUGGAACAAACUAAGCGAAAAGUUGAUGAUAUUAACGCCGUGGAUAGCUUUGACGAUGAGCCGAAAACGAGUGAACUCGAAAACAAUCAGUAUUCUCAGAACACUAGAAAACAAGAGUGUAGUUGUGAUAAAAAUGAUGCCGAUUGCAAAUGUGAUGAGAGCAAUCCAAACCGAAGGUUAUAUAAAUUUCAAUACAACAAAGAUAUUGGAAUGAAAAACCAAAAACGGUCAAAACAAGUGUGCAGUUGUGAUAAAAAUGGAAAUAAUUGCAAGUGCGAAAAUACUUUGAAAGAGACAAUUCCAUCUCUGGCUGAUAAAAAUUAUUCGGAAUAUUACGAUCUUGGAGAUGAUUAUAAUGAAGACAGUGAUCUUGCCUUGAAGUCUGUUAACAGUAUUAGUGCGUUACAUGAAGACAACCAAUACUUAACUGACAAUGAAUACGAAAACGACGAUUAUACGAACAAUGAUAAAUUUGAAAAAAGGGCCAUUAAACCCAGAAAAUUUGCCAUUAACAAGCCCAUGGAAAGUGGUGAAUACUUUGUUGAUUUCCAACCAGACACAUAUAACCUUUCGCCGAGAGACACUUUUAGAAAGAAAAGAGAUAAAUACGAUUUCAAUAUUUUCAAAAAUGGUCAACCGCACCUGGUUUCCUUUAAACAACAAGACAGUAUGUCGCCUCAUUCAAGGUACAGGCGGCGUAUUUUGAGGGAAGAAAAUAACUUAGCACCUAGACAACUCAUUGAUAUGUCAGAUGAAGACCUUUUUGGAGCUCUACCUCAAACUUUCGACGGAGAACUCUUGAGAUACAAAAGAAUUAGACGUAGUAGUAGAAAUAGGGAUCAACAACAUUUACAAUAGCGAUCUUUUGGGACUGAUAGAAAAUUUUGUAAAUGGAAG